AUGCCAUUUCACGAUAGCGAGUUUGGCUUGCUGUACAUGAACCGGGACCGGUUUGACUUCAAUCUUCAUUUUGAACAGCUCUUCUUCUCUAUUCUUCCAUGCGCCUUGUUUAUCGCAUGCUCACUAUGGCGCGCUAUCACUCUGUCACGCAAGCCCCUAGUGGUUCAUGCGCCCAUCUUCCAGCUCAUCAAAUUGGGAGCUAUCAUAACAUAUGUUGGCCUCCAGAUCGCACUGCUGAUUCAAGUCGGCAUGGGUUCGUUCCAUGUCACCCUAAUCUUCAUCGCAUCUUCUGUUCUCAAUCUCGUAGCAGCUUUGGCCAUGGUGAUGAUCAGUUAUACUGAUCAUAACAGGAGUCCGCGUCCCUCAAUCAUCUUAAACACUUUUCUGUUCCUCACUCUACUGUUUGAUAUUGCUCAGUCCCGCACGCUGUUCCUCCUCUCUGAAAGUACACCGGAGAUUACCUAUAGUGCUGUUUUUACAACCUCUUUGGCCGUCAAGAUCGUCAUUUUGUUCCUGGAAACCAAGUCUAAGAACAAAUGGAUAACAUGGGACAGAGAUGAGCAUAGCCCUGAAGAAACCAGCAGUAUCUUCUCGCUCGGCGUUCUGUCAUGGCUAAACAGUAUUUUCCUGCAAGGCUACAGAUCUACACUAUCCAUGGAUGAUCUUUACCCUCUUGAUGUUGCCCUGCAUAGCAAGCAACUCCACGAUAGGUUCUUGGCCAACAUGGACUACAGCAAACUAAAAGGAGAUACCUACGGUCUCGUCAAGGUCCUCGUCAAGACUCUUAUGCCUGAAAUCGAAGCCAAUGUGGGGUAUGGUUUCAUAGGUGCUGCAAUACUGAUCUACCUUGGUAUGGCUGUCUCGGCAGCUCUUUGCUGGUAUCUUCACCACCGCAUGAGAGCAAUGACUAGAUCUAUAUUGGUGACAGAGAUAUUUUCCAGAGCCACACAAGCCCGCAUCGGAGCAGACGACCAUAAUGCUGCCCUAACUCUGAUGAGUACCGACAUAGAAAGAAUCAGACUUGGUCUAAGAAUGCUGCAUAAUGUCUGGGCAGGCGUUAUACAGGCUGCCCUAGCUGCCUGGAUGCUGUAUAUUAGGCUGGGACUAGUAUUCCUGGUACCCAUAGGAGUAGUUGUGGUAUGCUUCACUCUCUUGGGAGUUCUGGUAAACUUCACAGGAGAUUCCCAGAGAGCGUGGAUGACAGGUGUGCAGAAGCGCGUCGGCUUGACGGCCACUGUCAUUGCUGGAAUGAAGAACCUCAAGCUUUCCGGUCUGGCUUCCACUGUGAGCUCCUUCGUUCAGAAGUUACGAGUAGAGGAGCUUGCCGCUGGUGCUCGGUUUCGCAAGAUCUUCAUCAUAGCCGCUAUGCUUGGCUUCACACCCAUGCUCAUCAGUCCUCCCCUGACCCUUGCGUUUACUCGGGCUUCACUUGAUACCUCAAAGGUCUUCACAAGUCUGGCAUUUUUGAUGCUCCUUACCAAUCCCCUCUCUCAAAUCUUCACCUCCAUACCCGAACUCGUCUCUGGGAUUGCCUGCAUUGGACGAAUUCAGGCUUUUUUGGAAUGCGAAACCCGUCAUGACUUCCGCCAAGUUCUGUCUGAUCGCAAGAAGAAUCUCAGUUUCACUGAAGUUGAAGCACACAUGGGUAGCUCAGAAAUCGAAACGGCACCCGACUCUACCAUGAUCAGUAUAAAGAGUGGCAAUUUUGGCUGGAAAGAAAAUGUCUUUGUUCUUCAAGAUAUCAAUGCACGCAUCAAAAAGUCUUCUCUUACCAUGGUAGUUGGGCCAGUAGGUUCCGGAAAGUCAACCUUCUGCAAGACCCUUCUGGGUGAAAUCCCGUUGAGCCAAGGGAGUGUAGUGUUGAGUAUGAGAUACCCUCGUAUCGGGUUCUGCGACCAGACUGCUUUUCUGUGGAAUGGAACCAUUCGCGAUAACAUUCUUGGCUUUUCGCUCUACGAUGAAAAGAGAUACAACUCAGUCAUCCAGGCCACAGCAUUGUCGGUGGACUUUGCCAAACUCGCCCAAGGAGAUCGAACCAAUGUCGGAUCGGAUGGAAUUACCCUGUCGGGAGGUCAAAAGCAGCGGGACGAUGUGUUCAGCGGUCUCGAUGCAGAUACAGAGCUGCACGUUUUCCAACGAGUAUUUGGACCCGGAGGCUUACUCCGAGAGAGACGCACGACCGUUGUAUUGUGUACUCAUAGCGUUCGCUUUCUCCCAUUCUCUGACCACGUCAUCGCACUUGGGGAUAACACUAUCAAGGAGCAAGGCAGCUUCAAGGAACUUGCUGAGCAAGGAAGUUACGUCAAGAGUCUCGGCAUACGUGAUUCAACUGGCGGUGACGAGAGCGAAGCUGCGGCUGAAACAAAAGUCCCCAAAGAACGGACUGAAGCACAAAUGGAAGCACAAGGCUCACCAGACGGGCCCCCAGGAGCCCAAGUCAACGUCGAUGACCCGAACCGUGCAACGGGCGACAAGGCAGUUUAUAAGUACUAUUUCCUGAGUAUGGGACUCUUGGUAGCAUUCUGCUGCUUCUUCUUGGCUGCGCUCUGGGGCUUCUUUAUCAAUUUCCCCACCAUUUGGAUUAAAUUUUGGACUGAUGAUAUAUCAUCGGACACCCAAAGUCACUCUCAUGCUUACUAUGUCGGAAUAUACGCGUUGUUGCAGGUCUCUGCUUUGAUCUCUUUGCUACUCCUCGGUAUCACUCUUUUUAUUGUGUCGAUCAAGAGAGCUGGUGCUAAUCUCCAUCAUGAUACACUCACAACGUUGAUCCAGGCUCCAUUGUCCUUUUUCACACACACCGACACCGGCGUUAUUACCAAUCUUUUCUCACAAGAUCUCAAUUUGAUUGAUACUGAACUUCCAGAUGCUUUGUUGAACACCUUGUUCUGUGUUUUCCAAGCCCUCGGACAAGCUGCAGUUAUGCCAAUCUCAUCGGCAUACUUGGCUAUUAGUUAUCCGUUCCUUGCUGUUAUACUCUACUCGGUGCAAAAGUUUUAUCUUAGGACUUCUAGACAACUAAGGCUUCUGGACCUCGAGGCUAAAAGCCCCUUGUACACCCAUUUCAUGGACACCGUGAGGGGCAUCACGACUCUACGGGCUUUUGGGUAUAUCUCGGAUGAAGUUUCUAAGAAUGCUAGGCUACUCAAUAGAAGCCAACAGCCCGCCUACCUUCUUGCCAUGGUGCAAGAGUGGCUCAAUCUCGUCUUGGACAUGAUAGUCAUGCUACUGGCAGCAGUAUUAACAAUACUUGCAGUUAGACUGCACUCAAAUUCGGGUUUCACAGGUGCUUCUUUGAUUACUCUUAUGAGUUUCGGAGAAAGUCUAUCUGGUAUCGUUAUUUACUACACACGUCUCGAAACAUCCAUAGGUGCCAUCUCCAGGCUCAAGACUUUCAACGUGACAGUCAAGCGUGAGGGUAAAGAGGGAGAGGACAUGAUACCCCCUGAGAAUUGGCCACAACGUGGCAGUGUGGAACUGAACAACGUUUCAGCGAGCUAUCAAAUGGAGAGCGACAGCGGUGAUGAGCCUGAUUUGGCUCUUGACAACGUUUGUCUGAGCAUCAGGUCAGGAGAAAAGGUGGCCAUUUGCGGCCGGACAGGCAGUGGCAAAUCAAGUCUUGUAUCUUUACUGCUGAAACUCCUCGAUCCUCUGCCAGACACCCCCAAUGAGGGUAUGCUGAUUGAUGGUCUCCCACUUAACAGGCUGGACAGAGAUGCCCUUCGUCAACGAGUCAUUGCGGUGCCUCAGGAGGCCGUUUUCUUGCCUGAUGGCGCGACUUUUAAAGAGAAUCUGGAUCCUUCAGGCCUUUCAACCCCGGAUGAAUGCAAAACUGUUCUUACAGAUAUCGGGUUAUGGGACUUUGUUCAGGGUCGUGGCGGUAUCGAUGCUGGCAUGACGUCUUCAACUCUUAGCGGAGGUCAACGACAACUAAUGUCGAUGGGACGUUCUUUGCUACGACGCCGAGCCCGAGCACAGAAGACAACAGGCCCUGGGAGUAUGGCAGAAAAGAUGGAGGACCAAGGUGGCUUGCUGCUGCUUGACGAAGUCAGCUCCAGUGUCGAUCAGGACAUGGAACUCAUCAUCAAGCGGAUCAUCGAGACGGAAUUUGACGCAUACACGGUGAUUGCCGUAAGUCAUCGCUUGGAUAUGAUUAUGGAUUUCGAUACAGUCGUGGUUCUCGAUACUGGUGAAUUCAUGGCUUUCUACCUGUGCUCAUAUCUAGGAUUUGCUUUCGCACGUUACCGAGCUGGAAUGGGACUUGCUUGCACAUCCCUUGAUCUCGGAGCCAUGGAGGGCAUUGGAUAUCUUGAUGAGAACCAGGACUUGCUCCGAAAGAUGAAGGGCACCGGAUGGCGUCCUGUAGGCGAGAUUGAAUUAGUCGAAGCGCUGAACGUUGCUCUGAUGCCCUCGUCCUCUCCCCAAGAGUACGGAGAUGCAUUCCUUCUUGGUGUUGCUCCCACCGUUCCCUUGGGAAGCGCAGAGACAAACGAUGGUCUCCGUGCUUUCCUCUCUUCGGUCAAGAAAGAUCCCAGCAUCCUCAACUCUCACGAGUCUGUCAACACACUUGCUUUGGAGAUUGGCGAGAAGUUGGCCAGCCUGCUCCUCACGGGCGACGUAGACCUGGACGUCAGUAUGAACACCGCGGAUAUGGGACUUGACUCCCUGGUUGCUAUUGAGUUGCGUGGCUGGUGGAAACUUAGCUUUGGUUUUGAGAUUAACACACUCGAGAUGCUUAGCAUGGGAACGUUGGAGGCAUUGGGUCAGCGCACUGCAGAUGGGCUCAAGGGGCUCUAUGAUAACUAG